UCCGUCCCAUCAAGCCGCGGGAGGGGCGCUGGUACUUUUCCUGCUUCCCGGCGCCGCCAGCCGAGGCUUUUCUCUCUGCCUCUCGCCCCGGAAUGGCCUUCGUCCUCCUGAAGCGCUGCGGGCCCAGAAGGGCCUCCGGACUCCCUCGGCGCCUGCAGCAGCAGCAGAGGGAAGCCGAGGCUGGUCAUGUGGAAAACCAUGCUUGUUUUAGCUGUACAUCCCUGAGGCUAAUAAAUCAUACACCUGCGCAUUUUAAAUAUUGCACUAGCAUCUCCCCUGUUUACAUUUGCUCUGCAAGGAAUGGCUACAUUUGGUCUGAAGGACCAGAAGAAAGGAACUUUACAGCACUAAGAUCACUUGAUUUGUGGUCACUGUCCCCUCAUAGGGGCAUUGUGAAUUCUCCCCUGAUUUGGGGGUGUCAUUAUCUUCCAGUACGGAAGUGGCAUUCUUCACAACGUAGUUAUGAUGACUCUAUGAUAGAAAAAUCCCUGAAGUCUCUGAAGGAUAAAAAUAAGAAAUUGGAGGAAGGAGGCCCUGUAUAUAGUCCAACAGUGGAAGAAAAUAUAGUCAGAAAAUCACUUGGACAGAGGAUUGUUGAUGAACUAAAGCAUUAUUACCAUGGUUUUCGGUUGUUAUGGAUUGAUACAAAGAUUGCUGCAAGGAUGCUCUGGCGAAUUCUUCAUGGCAACACAUUAUCUCGUCGAGAACGGAGACAGUUCCUUCGUAUAUGUGCUGACCUUUUCCGAUUGGUCCCUUUCCUUGUCUUUAUUGUUGUUCCAUUCAUGGAAUUCCUGCUUCCGGUAGCCUUAAAAUUGUUCCCUGGUAUGCUUCCUUCAACAUUUGAGACAAAGUCUAAGAAGGAAGAGAGGUUGAAGAAAGAACUAAGAUUGAAGCUUGAAGUGGCUAAAUUUCUUCAAGAUACUAUAGAAGAGAUAGCCUUAAAAAAUAAAGCAGCCAAAGGAAAUGCGACUAAAGACUUUUCAACCUUCUUUCAAAAGAUCCGUGAAACUGGUGAAAGACCAAGCAAUGAAGAAAUAUUACGAUUCUCUAAACUGUUUGAAGAUGAACUAACCCUUGAUAAUCUCACAAGACCCCAGCUAGUUGCUCUCUGUAAACUGCUAGAACUUCAGUCAAUUGGGACCAAUAACUUUCUUCGCUUCCAGCUGAUAAUGAAGUUGAGAUCUAUCAGAGCAGAUGAUAAACUGAUUUCUGAGGAGGGUGUGGAUAGCUUGACAGUUAAAGAGCUACAAGCAGCCUGUCGAGCAAGAGGUAUGAGAGCACUUGGUGUAACAGAAGAACGUUUAAAGGAUCAACUUAAGCAGUGGUUAGAUUUGCAUCUGAAUCAAGAAAUCCCAACGUCACUCCUUAUUUUGUCCAGAGCUAUGUACCUUCCAGAUACUCUUUCACCAGCCGACCAGCUUACAACAACUCUGCAAAUACUACCUGAAAGUGUGGCCAAAGAAGCCCAGGUGAAAGCAGCAGAAGUGGAAGGAGAAAAAGUUGACAAUAAAGCUAGACUGGAAGCAACCCUUCAAGAAGAAGAAGCUAUUAAGAAAGAAAACCAAGAAAAGGAAUUGGAAAGGCUUUCAGAUGCAGCUGAAAAAGCCAAAGAGACCCUUCAAGUUGCUGAGAGGAAAGAGGUGGAGUCCACACUAGAUCUUGAUGCUUCUGCUGUGCAUAUUCAAAAAAGCCAAAUAGCUCUUGAUGCUGAACAAGAACUGGCAAAAGUGGAUUUAACGCUGCACUCCGAGACACUGAAAGAUACAGCUCCAGUAUUGGAAGGCAUUAAGGGUGAAGAAAUAACCAAAGAAGAGAUUGACUUGUUAAAUGAUGCUUGUACUAAACUGAAGGAACAGAAAAAAUCCUUAACAAAGGAAAAGGAAGAACUUGAGGAGCUCAAAGAUGAUGUGCAGGAAUACAGUGAGGAUUUGCAAGAGAUCAAAGAACUGUGUAAGACUGGACAAGAGGAAGUAGUUGAAGAAUCUAAAGCCAGCAAGAGACUCACUAAAAGAGUGAACCGAAUGAUUGGACAGAUUGACAAAAUUAUUCAGGAGUUAGAGACAGACCAAAAAGUGGUGGAUGGACAAUUGGACAGUGGUGCAAGUCCUCCUAUUGGGUUGUGUUUCCCAUUUAGGGAGAAUCUCAUCAGCAUCAGUGAGCUUAUUAAUGUGAUGAAACAGAUUCAGCAGAUACCAGAAAGCAAACUGAAUAGGCUUGCAGAAGCAUUGGAUGAAAAUAAAGAUGGAAAAAUAGAUAUUGAUGAUGUUGUGAAGGUGGUUGAACUGAUUGACAAAGAAGAUAUUGAUAUUUCUACUAACCAAGUAGCAGAGAUUAUGUCACUGUUGCAAAAGGAAGAAAAGCUAGAAGAAAAAGAGAAGACUAAAGAAAAAGCUGAGAAGGAAGCUUUAGAAGUGAAGAAUUAGUUUUUAGUCUAUUCCAAGGUUAAGUGGCAUGUAUUGUAUACCUUGUCCAGCACAUACUUUUAUGAGAGGAUAAACAUCAGUCAUCUCUUGGCAAAUCAGAAAGAAUCUCUAAUGAAACAAGUCAACUAUCAUUCCGUUACAGUUUUGAGCUUUUCAGGAUUUUUUUUUCUUGUGGAAUCAGGCACACACUUUCAUAUCUUGUGGUGAUUCACUCCACUUCUGAAUGUAAAUUAGAAAUUUUUCUUGCAAUAUUCAAGGAGUAAGGAACUUUCUUUUAAAUAAUAUUAUGUUUACUUGGCAUGAAUGUUAUUCUCUUCUACUUGUAAAGGCAUAAAAAGCUGUACACGAGUUCCAGUAUAACCCCCCCCCAAAAAAAAAGAUUUCUGAAGUCCCAUCUAAAAACUAUUGUCCAUUAAGUAUCCAGAGGAGUAUGUGUGCUCAUUCUGAAAGUGCCAUGGCUGCUCUACUAUAUCAUGUAAUCUUGACUAAUAAUUUUGAAACUUUCAUGUCCAGUAUUUUUCACACACCCAAAACAUCUCAUCCAGUAUGUUCAUGACUAGCUUUUCCAGUUACUCAGCAGUACAUACCUUUAGAAAAGAAGAUGGAAAAGGAGAUGAAAUAAUACCCAGGAAAUUAAUUCCUUGCAUUCUUCUCCUCACCUAUACUUUAACUGCCCCUCUCCCCCCAUUGGCAAUAGAAUUUCUUGUAAAGAACACUGUCACUUUAACAAUCACUACAUAAUCAGUAGUCUUACCAUAAUCUGUAGUCCUCCCUCUUUCUACAGUCCUCUCUUCCUUUGUUGGGGAGGUGGCCUUUUUGGCAGACGCAGUAAUCCACUUUUUAAACAAAACCAGGUAGCUUUAUUAUUAGCAAAGACAUAAUUUGCUUCUCUUUUUUUGCUAAAUCUCAAAUACAGUUCAGUGUAAUGAGUAUAUAUGUAUUUGGCUGAAUUUGGAACUGAAAUGUUAGUAUGUAAUAGGAACCCAGAGACAGUGGGAUACAUUACCAUUUUCACAGGAUGCAUGCUAUGGACCACAAUGAUUACUGAAUUGCAUUUAUGAUAUGUGCUACUAUGAAAAAUGAGCAAAAGGGAUCACAACUGUGUUGUCUCCAUGUACUUGUACAAUUUGGAUUAAAGAGUAUAGCUUGCAAUGGGUAGCAUGGCACAUGACAAUGUUAUUUCAGUAGCACUUCAUGAAUUGUCAGUUUGCUGUGACUAGGUGCAUAUUUGUGAAGUGGAUAUUUGUGCACAAGGCAUUUCUUCAGUUUUAUGAAGGCUGUUGAACAGCACAUUUCCACUUAAAUCCAGUGUCAGAUUUUAGGUUUCUAUCUUUGGAUAUCACUGUCUUGGCUGAACAGGUUUUGCAUGAGUAAGACAUUGGAGCGGCUAUGUGGUAUUUGUUCUGUGUCUGUAUGCAUUAUUUAUGAUUAACUUGAAAUCAGAAAUUAAAGAUAUCAGCAAGUUAUUCACAAUGUAAUCUAUGGACUUUUCAGGGUCCUUUUUAAAUUAGCAUUGGUUAGUAUGAAACAACAACAGUACUCUCUAUUGAGAUGUGAGUUGCUGGGUUUGAUUUUAGAAUGGUUUUGUCCAAACACAAUAAACCACCACCCAGAUUUGGUUUUGCCAUGCAUCUAAAAACAAUUAAUAAUAAUAAUUUUAAUCUCUGUUCUGAGCAAAGAGACCCUGUUAUAAUCAUAAUGUUGUAAUAAUAUACUAGAUCUUGGAAGCCUUUCUACUCCAACUUGCUCACUUCCCUCAUCCCAAACUAGCAUUAAUGGUGAGAAUUUGCAAUAGGAAGGGAAAGCCUCAUUGUGGGCCCUUCAGUAAGACCACUGAUUUGGCCAUGGGAAGAAAGAGAUACAUCAUUCACACAUCUGUCUGGCCAGGUUUUGAUAAGCAAAGGGAAGGAGUAGUUGCAUCUCGGAGGAGUGCUGCUUUAACAGAACAGUCGUCACUUCGGAUUCUCUGACUUCCCGUUUGUGGUCUUGAAUUUCUGUGACGAGAAGCCAGGAGGGACAAAAUAGUACAUGUGGGAGCGCACAGCCAUUGUUUUCAAUGAGGGCUUGAAUAUUUGUGGUUUUCCGAUUUGCGGGUGUGUGUGUCUAGAAUGGAUCCCCUGCGAAUCGGGAGGGACAAUUUUUUCUUCAUUUAGGCUUAUGAUACAGAAGGGGCAUACAUACAUGUGGCCAUCUGUCAGGAAUGCUUCGAUUAUAUAUUGGACUGGAUGGUCAUUGUGGUUUCUUUCAACUGAUUUUAUAGGAGUGCAAAUUUUAUAGGAUUGCAAUCUUGUCUAUUGCAAGAUUUACAACACAAAGUACACUAGAUACUAAACAUAUUUUGUUCUUCUUUAAAAAUACAAACAUUUUCUUAUGAACAAGCAUUUGAGUUUGUUUUUAAGCACAAAAGUACAGUAUAUCCCAUGAUUCAGAAUCAGAUGCAGCAGAGCAAAUCAGCCUGUGAGACUGCUGUAUCCACACCUGAGACAUUCAAACUGUCAUUUGCAGGUGAUGAUUUUCCAGUGAGACCUUACUUUCUGUUCAGCUAACAGCAGUAUAACGUUCUUGGUUACAAUUACAUUUAGGGAUGGCAAUGAUGUGAUUGUUCUCAGUAGUUUGUAUUGCACAUAUGGUCAGAGGGCAGCUGGUUUCAUAGAAUUAUAGAAUAAUAGUCAGAAGAGACCACAAGGCCCUCAAUUCCAACCCCCUGCCAUGCUUGAACUUAAGGAAGUUUGCUCCUCCACUGGUCAUGACUGAUCACCAUGGGUAAGAAUAGGGGGGAAAUCCUCUUCUCCACCCCCUCCCACUUCUGAAGUCUACUUUUCCUGUUGUGCACAGUUGUGGUAUGAAACGCUAGGGUUGAUUAAUAUAUGCUCCUGCUUUGUAGUGGAAUAGAGCAGGGAUAGUCAACUGACAGUGAACAAGAAAUUGUUUAUAAAGUGUUUUAUCUGUAGCUUCCUUCCCUUUCCAUUCUAAUCAAGUGGGUUUUGCCCAGCUCUGAAGAAACAGAAAAUCCUUUGAGGGAGUGAGGAAUUAACCACAUUCUAAUUUUCAGUAAAUGCUUGGAGAAGGGCAACAGUAUUAUAUGGGGUAAUUGUCUAAGAAAGCUUAUGUUGCAAGCUCUUUGAUAAAUUUUCAAUUUCACAUAGAUUAUGUCUUGGUGACUAUAAUGGGGCUAAAGCACAAUUAAUUUAAUCAGAUCAGACCAUUAAUCCCUCUAAAUCAGUACUGCUAAGACUGAUUAGUAGCAGCUCUCCAGGGUUUCAGGUGGGAGACUUUCCUAGCCUUCCUUGGAGAUGCUGGGAAUGGAACCUGGGACAUUUGGCACACAUAGCAUGUGCUCUACCACAGAAGCAUGCCCCCUUGCAAGUUCAGGAUAAUUAAGGUGUGAGGGUAGUUACCAGGUGUAGGGCUCUUUGCCUGAAACCUAGAAGUAAUUAGUUAAGAUAACUACUUGCAUAUUUUAUCCAAGAAUGAAAAUAUAACUACAUUGCAAUUAUAGCUUAACUGGGAAUAAUUGCACUCCUUUUAUGAUAUGACUGUUACUUUUAGUUACUUCACUGGUUGAAGUGUGUGGCUUCACUAAAUGAUGGAGGAAGACUAUCACAUGGUUCAAGUAUUAGCUCAUGGUAUGGCUUAUGCUGCCGCCUUUUGUUUGUAGGUGUUGAGACAAUGAUAAGGUGGAUGGAAGGAGAGAUUAUUCUAUUCUAAGGGCCAAUACUGUUCAGAUGCUUGAGAUAAAUUGAAUUGCUGUUUAAAACGACAACUAGAAAAGCAACAAACUAUUUAGGGGUGUUGGAAUUACAAUUGUAAUUCAUUUUUAAAAGUAGCCUUCUGGGGUCUACUUUUGUACUGACCUCAGAUCAACAUCUGUACAUUCCCAGAAGCAAAGGAAAGUUUAUUUGCCCAGAUUGCUUAUUUCUAUUAUAUUGGAGCACUAGAGCACUCUCUGUUAUACUUGAGUUCCCACUUAUGAAUGGGGGUGUAAUUAUGUUGGUUGUUCCAAAUACAGGAGGCCCAUUGAAGCAAUUGCUGAAUAAUAACAAUAAUAAGCCAACACUUAUGCAAAUACCAUUGAUUCAGUGGGUUUACUCUAGUUUAUGAGUGAUUGAGAGAUUGUUUCAUUUUCCAAGUCUGCCGACUUUAAAUUUCUAUUCCCCACAGAAUAAUUCAUAGUCAUAGUAUCUAUUCCUGUAUAUUGCUUUGCAUCCAAUUUUAAAAUAAAUCUUUUUUU